AUGGCCGAGAUCCGCUACCGAGAGCCGGAGACGGGGGGAGGAGAGGAGGCGGAUCGGUCUUCACGUUCGGCCCCGGCGGCCAGCUCCGGCGAGGUCCCCCUGUUGGAAGAAGAAGAUGCGCCGCCGGUCACCGUCAGGCAGAGGAGCAUGCAUCUGAACGCCUCCUUCUCCAUCACCGGCAUCGGAGGCGGCAACCCGAAGGGGUACACCGCCCUCGCCCUCGCCGUCGAUGGCGGCGGCGCAGCUGCCGGAAUGAGCCACAGCGAUUCCAGAGCCAAGCUCGAAGCCGACAGCGAGCUCGGCAAGGCCGCCGUUCUCAAGACGAUCUUCUACAUUCUGGUGUGGUACACCUUCAGCACCUGUCUGACGCUGUGAGUUGGUUGACCUGCCCCGUCCCCUGUCGUCGUCUUGUCCGAACAAGUUUCCCCUUAUGGAAUGACCUCUGCAGGUACAACAAGACGCUGUUAGGCGACGAUCUAGGCAAGUUUCCGGCGCCAUUGCUGAUGAACACGGUGCACUUCUCCCUGCAAGCUGUGCUAUCCAACAUCGUGGUGUGGCGGCAGGAGAGCAAGGCGACGAUGUCAUGGCGAGACUAUCUCAUCAGAGGUACCUCUGCUUCAGAAUGCAUUCCGUUGACAUCAACCUUCAGUGUUCGUCAUCAGUGGUCAACACCUUCGAUGCUCUUCCUUCUGCAGUUGUGCCCACCGCUGUGGGAACGGCCCUCGAUAUCAACCUGAGCAAUGUGUCGCUGGUCUUCAUUUCCGUCACCUUCGCGACGAUGGUCAACUCCUCGGACCCUGUUCAAAACAAGAAAAAACGUUGACUUUAUGUUCUUGAUCGAGGCUCUUGGGGGGCCGGACCGCUGACUUUUGAUCGGUUCUUUCUGCAGUGUAAAUCUUCCUCUCCGAUAUUCCUCCUGGUGUUUGCUUUCGCAUUCAGGUGAGUGCUUCCCAUUUUUCUCUCUCUCUCUGGAAGAUCAAAUCCAUGAUGUGUGUGACAUUUGGCUCCAUUCCACUAGGCUGGAGAGCCCAAGCAUCAAGCUUCUGGGCAUCAUUUUAAUCAUCUCUCUCGGAGUGCUUCUCACAGGUACGCAGCAAUGAGUGGUCAUAUGAUUAUCUGUUCAUACUGGUUGACUUCUUUCUGUUGAAUCCAUUACAGUCGCAAAGGAGACAGAAUUCGAGUUCUGGGGCUUCGUUCUGGUCAUGCUGGCUUCAGUCACCUCAGGCUUUCGCUGGUCAAUGACUCAGAUACUUCUGCAGGUGCCUCAAUUCUGAUAGUAAUUUCGUUCUUCUCCUCCUCAUUUUUUUCUCUCUGAUCCGAAAACCUGACAGUCACCUUGUUUUUGCAUAUGGUGAAGAAAGAAGCAUAUGGUGAGCUCAAACCUUCAAUGGUCAACGCCCCACCACAAUUCUUCCUUUCCUUCCGUGGCAUCCAUUGAAUGGUGGGUUUGACCUUCCUCAGGCCUAAAGAGCCCUCUCACUUUAAUGAGCUACGUUGCCCCAGUGAUGGCCAUUGUGACUGCUGGGCUCUCUCUUGUGAUGGAUCCCUGGAAGGAGUUUCACAGCAAUGCAUACUUCAACAACACCUGGCACACCAUGCGAAGCCUCCUGCUGAUGCUCAUCGGCGGAAUGCUGGCAUUCUUCAUGGUGAGUGUGAAAAUCUUCCCUCCCGUUGACUUGGACCAGUAAAAGUCAACGUCCGGGGCUCCUUUGUUGAAUGCAGGUGCUCACAGAGUAUGUACUUGUGUCAGCAACCAGCGCUGUGACGGUGAUGAUAGCGGGUGUUGUGAAGGAAGCUGUCACCAUCUUGGUAAGCUCUAAACUCUGCACUUUGAACCAUGAGCCUGUCUUACGAUGAUGUAGGGCCAAGCAAUCAAAAGACAGUGAUUUACUUCCAUGGAUCAUUUUCUUUGUGCAGGUUGCAGUGCUCUACUUCCACGAUGAGUUCAGCUUACUGAAGGGGAUUGGACUGAUGGUCAUCAUGAUUGGAGUCGGAUUAUUCAACAUCUACAAGUAAAUAUUUUCUGUACUGUUGCUGAUCAUGUCAAAAUAUGUUCUAAGUCUCAUUAUUGUUGGUAAAAUAUUACAUAGUCAGGGUUCAGCAUGAUGAUUAGCCAUUUACAUCUGUUCAACAUGAUUCAAUCACAGUAAAUGUUUUAGCAUUCGCACUCUUAUCAAUUUUUCUAUUCGCUUAUAUGAAAAUUCAUGUGUUCAAUAUUGUUUUUUGGUGUCUAUUCUCGUGUAGAUCAUGCAGAUUUUCCUACAUCUUCCAGAAAAAAAAAUGAUGUCGGCGUACAUAUAGUUCUAUACGGAUCAUCUGUGAUAUCAUGUGAAUUUUUUACCUUUUUCUAGGAAAAAUAAUUUCCUGCCUUAGCCUUCAGAAAACCAAUUACAAUUCAAAAGGAGGAACUUUCUGGAGCAAAAGAUGGGUUUUCAUUAUAUACACUACGGUUUUAUGAUUUGGAUAUGCUCAUGUUGUGGGGAACUUACCAGAAUCUACUGCUGUCUCCAACGAACUUACUGAAACUGCUUGAAUGCUCCGAUGUUUCAACGAGAAAAUGUCUGUGGAUUGUUAUUUCAUCAUUACUUGCACGCUGAAAAGAAAGAGAAAUGCUACUGAUUUCCAGGUACCAAAAGCAACAGAAAGGCCUGGGAAACGAUAGUGAAGAAGAUGCUCCUUCCAUCCCCAACGGAGCUGCAAAAUAUAUUAUUUUUGAUGAGAUAGAUUCUGAGGAAGAGGGGAUCUGA